ACCAGGCGUCUCGCAGGAGUCGCACCUCGGUUUGCGCGCCCAGACGGGACAAGCGAGGAAGAUGAAGGAGAGCUGACCCUAUUAAAGGCUGCCGCCGCUCCGCGCUUGGAAGUGAAGGGUCGAGUCCCUCUUCUCCUCCUCUCCCCCCCCCCCCCCAAUAUUCCCACCUCCGUGGGUGAACCUGCAUCUAACCGUCCCUCGCCAGCUUUGGGCUCUAUUAUCCUUAUUCUUUUUUAGCACAACAAAACGUCGCGUGCGCGCGUUCUGUUUUUGUUUGGGUCUCCGAAAGGGGGGGAAGGAGGAGGAGGGGGAGGGAGAAAGCAGCGGCCGGAGAAAAGGAGCUUUCUCUCUUCCUUCUCCAUUGAAGCACAUAGUCCACUAUGAUCUUACUCGCCUUCAGCACUGCAAGUCGGGGGGAUAUCGUGCAUCGGUCCAGGGUCCUCUUCUUGCAAGCCUUGCUUUGGAUUUUAUGUGCCACCGGAUGCCGAGCAGAGCAGUAUUUUAAUGUAGAGGUGUGGUUACAAAAAUACGGCUAUCUUCCAUCCGCUGACACCAGAAUGUCAGUGUUGCGCACUGCAGAAACAAUGAAAUCUGCUAUAGCUGCCAUGCAGCAGUUCUAUGGCAUUAACAUGACAGGAAAAGUGGACAGGAACACAAUCGACUGGAUGAAGAAGCCUCGUUGUGGAGUUCCUGAUCAGAUGAGAGGCAACUCUAGAUUUAACAUUCGUCGAAAGCGAUAUGCAUUAACAGGGCAGAAGUGGCAACACAAAUAUAUCACUUACAGCAUAAAGAAUGUCACUCCAAAAGUAGGAGAUGCUGAAACCCGUAAAGCUAUUCGCCGUGCCUUUGAUGUGUGGCAGAAUGUAACCCCUCUGACAUUUGAGGAAGUUCCUUACGUAGAACUGGAGAAUGGCAAGAAAGACGUGGAUAUUACUAUAAUUUUUGCAUCAGGUUUUCAUGGAGACAGUUCUCCAUUCGAUGGGGAAGGAGGAUUUUUGGCUCAUGCUUAUUUUCCUGGGCCAGGAAUUGGAGGUGAUACUCAUUUUGACUCAGAUGAGCCAUGGACUUUGGGAAAUCCCAAUCAUGAUGGAAAUGAUUUGUUUCUAGUAGCAGUUCACGAACUGGGACAUGCCCUUGGAUUGGAGCAUUCAAACGAUCCAACUGCCAUUAUGGCUCCAUUUUACCAAUACAUGGAAACUGACAAUUUCAAACUACCUAAUGAUGAUUUGCAGGGAAUCCAAAAGAUAUACGGUCCACCUGACAGAAUCCCACCACCAACAAGACCCUUACCGACAGUACCUCCACAUCGUUCUGUCCCUCCAGCUGAUCCCAGGAAGAAUGACAGGGCUAAAGCUCCUCGGCCACCCACAGGGGAUAAGCCCUCCUACCCUGGUGUCAAACCCAACAUCUGUGAUGGAAAUUUCAAUACUCUAGCCAUUCUCCGCCAUGAAAUGUUUGUUUUUAAGGAUCAAUGGUUUUGGCGAGUCAGAAAUAACAGGGUGAUGGAUGGAUACCCCAUGCAGAUUACCUACUUCUGGAGGGGACUGCCCCCAAGCAUUGAUGCAGUUUAUGAAAACAGUGAUGGGAAUUUUGUUUUCUUUAAAGGUAACAAGUUCUGGAUCUUCAAAGACACCACCCUCCAGCCAGGGUAUCCUCAUGAUUUGAUAUCAUUAGGAAGUGGGAUUCCUCCUCAUGGUAUUGAUUCAGCAAUUUGGUGGGAGGAUGUUGGGAAAACCUAUUUUUUCAAAGGCGACAGGUAUUGGAGAUACAGUGAAGAUAUAAGAACUAUGGACACAGGUUAUCCCAAAUCAAUCACAAUCUGGAAAGGCAUCCCAGAAUCACCUCAGGGAGCCUUUGUUCACAAAGAAAAUGGCUUCACAUAUUUCUACAAAGGCAAAGAAUACUGGAAAUUCAACAAUCAAAUGCUCCGAGUGGAACCGGGGUAUCCCAGAUCUAUCCUCAAGGAUUUUAUGGGCUGUGAUGGACCAGCAGACCGGGACAAAGACCGACACAGCCCUCAAGAUGAUGUAGACAUUGUCAUCAAACUGGACAACACAGCCAGCACUGUGAAAGCUAUAGCCAUUGUCAUCCCUUGCAUACUGGCCCUGUGCCUCCUUGUCUUGGUUUACACUGUGUUCCAAUUCAAGAGGAAAGGAACACCCCGCCACAUACUUUACUGCAAACGCUCUAUGCAAGAGUGGGUGUGAUGUAGGGAUAUUUUUUUUCUUCUUUUCUCCCAGGAGUAGUGGUAACAUGAAAUCCAACAAAAGAGCUGGUUACGGAGUUUCCUAACAAGGAGCAGGCCUGUGUCUGUCUCAGCCAGGGAUGAUCUUUAAAAUCCAGGGGGCUGCUUGUCCUGCACAAGAGUGAGAAUAUUCUCCAGUAGGAAGCUUCAGUCGUACACAGUACCUGCCGUUUCUCCAGUCCUUCGUCUGUCUUUGUCAUUCAGUUCCAACCUUUCCUCUGCACACUCAAUAUACCCAAUGCAAAAC